GUUGCGCGCCCGAGUCGUUCAAAUAUCGAACUUGUGCAGUCAGACCCCAGCCGUUGUGCAAUGCCUAAGUCAAAGGAAGUGCUGUCCUCCACCUCAGACAGUGACUCUGAUAGUGAGGUUGACACAAAGUCCAAGAGAAAGAGGCAGGCCACACCAGAGAAGCCAACAAAGAAACAGAAGGGUGGGGAGACUUCAAAGGUGGCUGGAUCCUCCAAGAGCAGCAGUAAGAAAGAUGACAACAUGUUCCAGAUAGGGAAAAUGAGGUAUGUGAGUGUUCGGGACUUCAAAGGAAAAGUUCUGGUUGACAUUCGUGAGUAUUGGAUGGACCAAGAGGGCGAAAUGAAGCCGGGAAGAAAAGGCAUUUCACUGAACCCAGAGCAGUGGAACCAGCUGAAAGAACAGAUCGAUGAAAUUGAUGAAGCUGUGAGGAGGAUAUAGGAGAUCUAUGGACUUCUCCUACCUGGAUUGUUUCUCCACUUCCAGUGUUUCCAAUUUGUUAUAAAGAUGUUUUAUACAGUAAAACCAUUUUAAGUGUAUGUACGCACUGUGAGUUCUGUGUGGAUUUUAAUUGCCCUGUACAUUACAUAUAAUUUGUCAAAUGAACGAAGUGUUGUUCGUACAGCGGUGCUGGUUUUGAAAGGGAAAUGGGAUAUCUUGGGUUUCAAUUAAGGCGAUAAAAAAUGUAAUACCCA